AUGGGCUCUAUGUCAAACGGUUUGUCAAAGAUAUUACUCUUAGGGCUGACUGUUAGUGUGGUUUCAUUGCUGUGUUCAGAGAUACUGAAAGACAUGUCACUGGAAUCAGUCGGAUUGAAAUACAUGGGAGGGCUGGCUAUCAAUGAUUUGGAGAGUCCUCUCAAUAUCUUUAGUGGUAUUCAAAGACUCAUCAGUAAAGUCAGAGCCAAUACUCAACCGAUUUUUAUCAAUGUUUUCAGCAAUGCAAUCGAUUUGGAGAGUCUUCUCAAUAUCUUUAGUAGUAUUCAGAGACUCAUCAGUAAAACAUUCAAAGAAUCCACAGAACCUAUGGAUUCUUCUGUGGGUUUAGGACUGAAUGCCAACACUUUCUCAUCACUAGUUAUAGCCAAAGAGGGUUUGAAAGACAUAUCACUGGAAUCAGUCAGAUUGAAAUACAUGGGAGGGCUGGCUAUCAAUGUUGUAUCAGAAAUGUGUUCAGAAAUGGCUAAUGGUUUGGUGUCAAUGGGUGUGUCUCGACUAACAUUAGAAAUAUCGACAGAAUUGUCAAAUUCUAAUGAAUCCUCUUCCAUAGGUUUCUCUAAAAUCUUUGCCUCAUUUAAGACAUCCAAAGAAUCCACAGAACCUAUGGAUUCUUCUGUAAGUUUAGGACUGAAUGCCAACACUUUCUCAUCACUAUAUAUAGAUAGAGUGACUUUUGCUGACAAUUCAUCACUACUUUCGCUGACACUCAAAGACUUAUCUUUAAUAUUCAAUGUUUUGACGGCACUAUUGGGUGAUGUGUCCGAAGACUUCCGGUCUCUUUGGUUCCAGAGCGAGCCAUUCGAAUGGAUUUGUAUCAACACAUCGUUGUCCGGCUCGUUUCAUGAGUUUGUGGUUUUGGUUGCGAUUUCGGCUGCGGUUUCGACACUUCUUUAUGUGUGGAUUUUGCGACAGUAUCUGAGGGCACCGCCUCUGCCGCGCCUCCUUAAAGGAGGCGCGGCAGCUAAUGUCGCGAAACAGGCGGUGCCCUCAGAUACUAUCGCAAAAUCUACACAUAAAGAAGUGUCGAAACCGCAGCCGAAAUCGCAACCAAAACCACAAACUCAUGAAACGACGAAAGCAAAGGAGAAUUUGAAUGAAGAAAAUAAUAACGAAAUGCCGGUUAAGCGCAGAUUUAGUACAGAAAAGUCGCCGAUUAGUGGACAAACGCCGGACAACGAUGUGUUGAUACAAAUCCACUCGAAUGGCUCGCUCUGGAACCAAAGAGAUCGCAAGUCUUCGGACACAUCACCCAAUAGUGCCGUCAAAACAUUGAAUAUUAAAGAUAAGUCUUUAAGUAUCAGCGAAAGUAGUGAUGAAUUGUCAGCAAAAGUCACUGAAAAUACAGACAAACAGAAUGACACUAACAGUAAAGACACAAAUUUAAAUAUCUCUGAAGAAAGUCAGUUGAUUGACAGACACACAGAAUCUAAAGACACUGAAAAUAUCGAUGAAAAUCAGUUGAAAGGGAUCUCUGAUUUGGUAGAGGAGCCCAUUGACACAGCAGACAAACCUCUAUCUAUAUAUAGUGAUGAGAAAGUUUUGGCAUUCAGUCCUAAACUUACAGAAGAAUCCAUAGGUUCUGUGGAUUCUUUGGAUGUAUUAAAUGAGGCAAAGAUUUUAGAGAAACCUAUGGAAGAGGAUUCACUUGAAUUUGACAAUUCUGUCGAUACUUCUAAUGUUAAUCGAGACACACCUGUAGUCAUAGACAAUACUAAUGAAAAAUCUUUAAGUGUGUCUGAAAUCAAUGAUAAAUCUGAGCCAAAAGUGAGCCCUAAUACAGAUUCUGUAAAUACAUUCAAAGAAUAUAAAACCGAUUGCAUUGUUGAAAGCAUUGAUAGCAAUCGGUUGAGUAUUAGCUCUGACUUUACUGAUGAGUCUUUGAAUACCACUAAAGAUAUUGAGAAGACUCUGAAAGACAAUGAUAUUUGUGUUGAUAACAAUGUACAGAUUAAAAGUAAAGACAACACCGAAUCAGAUUCUUUCACUAUUCCUAAAGACAAUGACUUUUAUUAUCCACUGACAGACAAACCCAUUGACACCAAGCCAUUAGGCAUUUCUGAACACAUUUCUGAUACACCAUUGAUAGCCAGCCCUCCCAUGUAUUUCAAUCCGAAUGAUUCCAGUGAUAUGUCUUUCAGACCCUCUGAACAGAGCAAUGAAAAUCAGUUGAAAGGGAGCUUUGAUUUGGUCGACCAACCCAUUGACACAGCAAACAAACCUUUGUCUUUAACUAGUGAUGAGAAAGUGUUGGCAUUCAAUCCUAAACCCAUAGAAGAAUCAUUAGGAUCUGUGGAUGUCUUAAAUAAGGCAAAGAUUAUAGAGAAGUCUAUGGAAGAGAAUUCAUUAGAAUUUGACAAUUCUGUCGAUACUUCUAAUAUUAGUCGAGACACAUCUGUAGUCAUAGACAAUACUAAUGAAAAAUCUGAAAUCAAUGAUAAAUCUGAGCCAAAAGUGAGCCCUAAUACAGAUUCUGUGGAUAAAGUCACAGAAUCUAAAACCGAUUGCAUUGCUGAAAGAAUUGAUAAAAAUCGGUUGAGUAUUGGCUCUGACUUUACUGAUGAGUCUUUGAAUACCACUAAAGAUAUUGAGAAGACUCUGAAAGACAAUGAUAUUUGUGUUGAUAAAGAAGUACACAUUAAAAGUAAAGACAACACCGAAUCAGAUGUGUCUAAACCUAUUGAUGAGAAACCAUUUGUAUUUAGUUCUCAAACCAUGAAUACCCAUUGA